AUGCCAGCCGCCAAAGUUCGCGACGUGCUACACAGAGACACCGACUUUCGCGCCAAGCGUGGUAAUGCCGCCACCUCACCUGGAACCAUUCAGCGUAGCAGUCAGGGCAUGGGCGAGCUUCAAGAACAUGGCGUCGUCCUUGAUGGCUCUCGUCACCAUGUGCUGAGAAAACUCGACUCGGCCAACCCCCCUAAACUUCACCUGCAUUACCUUGCAACCUCAGGUGAUGGUGAACCCCCCAUGGUUUUGAAGUUGGCUCCCGCUUCGGCACGACCGCUCCGCUUCGAAUACCGGUCAUUAAGAUCCGAGGCCCUGCUUUUGCAAUGGCUGGCCGACCUGCACCUCGACCUUUCCACGCAGGGCAAAUACUGCAACUGUCAGCAGCUGCCCAUGAAUCCCAGUCAAGGCAACAGCAACGGAGACGACCAUGGCUGCUCAAAACGCCCGCAACCUCUUCCCGACCGCGUUCCCGACUUCGUCCCCGACAUCGUCAAACAUGGGUAUGCAAAGGUACCGCACGGUCUUGAGUAUCUCUUGACCAAACAAGCCCAGGGAGUUCCUCUUUCAACUCUUGCCCAGAAACUCUCCCAAAGCCACCGCAAAUCUGUCAACUACCAGAUAGGACAACUGAUUCACCGCAUAUCACUGCAUAAAUCGCCUUGCGGGAGAUUUGGCAACACUUCUGCUGUUUUGGAGCUCAGCAGACAAGGCCACCCCAGUUCACACCGAGUUCCCGCCACAUGCACACGCAAUCGCGUUUACACUUGCUGGUCAGAGGCCUUCCUGUCUUUACUGGAGUCUGUCUUGAGGGACGCCGAGGACGCUGCCGUGUCUGUUCAGUACGAAAAGAUCCGACAUCAUGCCCGGCGCUUCAAGCACGUACUCGAUGAGGUGACAGUACCUAGUCUGGUAGUACUUGAUGCCGGCCUGGACUCCAACACGCUCAUUACCCCUCCUGGACACAACGAGAUGAAGUCUUUCUCGGUAACGGAGAGCACGAGCGAGGACGCCGCCGAUGCAAACGAUGCGCAUCUUUCCCCACCCCCGACAGAUCAAGAACCCCACUCGAUCGCUGCUAAUCAAGUCUCUGAUGGAGAUGAUGAGCAUGCAACCGGAGCAGCGAGAGAGGACACCUGCAGCAGCGAAAACCGUGCACCAGCGGUUAUAGGCAUCCGGGACUGGCACAAUAGCGUCUUUGGAGACCCGAGCUUUGCGCUGGUUCUGACCAAGAGUGAGGAUUCAGUUGUGUGGGACGGAGUUCGGUCUCUGACUCAUGAUGCGACGUUCGCAGAGAGGGACGAAGCGGACGGUUUAGGGAACAAGGGCGAGAAACCUCGUGUCCGCCGACUGCUGUAUGAGUGCUAUCAUGCAGUCACAGCGAUAGUUACCGAAUACUAUCGCAUGAGUAUCGACAGUGAUGAUCGAGAGCUACCUGCGAGGAGGAGGCUUGUACAAGUAUUGGCUGAACUGGAUAAGCUCGACGCUUCCAGAGAGAAGAAACAAACCAACGCCAGCUCACCAGCACCGGUGGCCAAACGACAGAAGAGGGAGACUUCGGACUCGCCUCCCCCGUCGCAGACCAGACCAGACAUACGGCGUGAGAGGCGAAUCUCGGACCAUUAUCGCAGGCCUUCCGCAGACACCUGGAAUUGA